AUGUCUGAUGCUAAAUCUGUGAAUGUGGCUCCUGCUUCCCACUUUGUGUUAAGUAAGGAUCAAUAUCCUAAGACUGAAACUGAAAUAACUGAAAUGAAGAAUGUGCCUCAUUCCAAUGCUAUAAGGUCUGUUAUGUAUCUCAUGAUUAGCACUAGGCCUGAUAUUGCAUAUACAGAUAGUUUCUUGAGUAGAUUUAUGUCUAACUUUAGUAUGCCUCAUUGGAAUGCUUUGAAAUGGCUUUUGAGAUAUCUAAAAACCACUAUUGAUGUUGGCUUGACUUUCUCUAAGUUUUCUCUAGGUACUAGGUUGGUUGGUUAUGUGGAUUCCAAUUAUGCUAAUGAUAGGAAUAAUAGAAAGUCUACUACUUCCUAUGUGUUUAUUUUGUGUGGCUCUUGCAUAAGUUGGAAGUCUCAACUUCAACCCAUUGUUGCUUUAUCUACUACAAAAUCUGAGUAUGUAGCUGCCACUGAAGCUUUUAAGGAAACAAUUUGGCUUAGAGUUGUUUUGUCUAAAAUUGAUUUUCUUGACAAAAAUAUGUUUGAUCCUUGUGAUUUUCGCAUGCUUUAUGCUCUUGCGGUUGAUCUUUGUGAUUUUUCGCAUGCUUUGUGCUCUUUCCCCUGGUCUUUGUGA